CACCCCAAGGCUGCGAACAUUUCACUGCGCAAACCAUGGAACAAACGGCAUUUGUUUGGACUCUUCUCUGACAUUAAACCUAUAAAACUCGUACUAAUUUGCUCUUCACUCCAUUGGGUUUUCCACGUAGGAUGUAACAAACUUACUCAGACAUAACGCUGAUAAACAGCUGUUCAUAGUUUAUCGUUUUUAAUAAAAUGUAACUCUUCGUCCUGAGUGUUCGAAACAGCGGCUCGUCUAGGAACGGACAACCAACUCAAACUUCCUGUUCUGAUCUUAUUCUAAGGAGUCUAAAGCCGUCAAGAUGCUUGAGACACCUGGAUAUCCAUUUGAAGAGAUAGAAUAUGAGGAUAUAGAAGUUGAAGAGGUUGUUGGCAGAGGAACAUUUGGAGUUGUCUUCAAGGCCAAAUGGAAAGGCAAAGAUGUGGCCAUCAAGACCAUAGAGAGUGAAUCUGAGAGGAAAGCUUUUGUAGUAGAGCUCCGCCAGCUUUCCAGAGUAAAUCACCCAAAUAUUGUCAAGCUCUAUGGUUCAUGUCAUAAUCCAGUCUGUCUUGUUAUGGAAUACGCUGAAGGUGGCUCUUUAUACAAUGUGCUGCAUGGAGCUGAGCCCCUGCCCCAGUACAGUGCAUCCCAUGCUAUGAGCUGGUGUCUGCAGUGUGCUCAGGGGGUCUCCUAUCUCCAUGGCAUGAAACCYAAGGCCCUCAUUCACAGAGACCUCAAACCACCCAAUCUGCUACUUGUACAGGGGGGCACAGUGUUGAAGAUCUGUGACUUUGGGACAGCMUGUGACAUUCAGACACACAUGACCAACAACAAAGGAAGUGCAGCCUGGAUGGCACCAGAAGUGUUUGAAGGCAGUAACUACAGUGAAAAGUGUGAUGUGUUCAGCUGGGGUAUCAUCCUGUGGGAGGUGAUCACUCGCAGGAAGCCCUUUGACGAGAUCGGAGGAUCGGCCUUCUGCAUCAUGUGGGCCGUGCACAGAGGUACUCGCCCACCCCUGAUAAAGGACCUCCCGGAGCCCAUUGAGGGCCUGAUGACACACUGCUGGGACAAAGACCCUGCCCAGAGGCCCUCCAUGGAGGAGGUCAGAAACACCAUGGCAAGCCUCAUGAAGUACUUCCCAGGGUCUGAUGAGCCUCUUCAGUAUCCCCACCAGUGUCCAAGCAACAGCAGGAGUGGCUCCUCCUCAGCCACAAGCACAGGUUCCAAUGCAGACAACACUAUCAACAGCUACAGAUCCGAAAGCAACAUGGAGCAUGGAACAAACUGUCAAGAGAGAGAUGACACCCUGAAAAACGAAAAAUUUCCACUUCAGUUCAAACCAUCAAAGGGGGGAACAUUACGCCCCAGCCUGCCCCUAUCCAGAGGGCCUAGUAUGGAGAGCCUGCCUGAGCGUACCCAGAGCCCUGCCCCCACUGAGGUCAAAGGGCAAUGUGCUGGCCAGUCAGGGCCAGAGCUGAGAGCACCUAUCAGUCCCACAGAUAUUAAUGGUUUGGACAGCUCCAUCCCCAUGGCUUAUCUGACACUAGAUCACCAGCUGCAGCCCCUGGCCCCAUUCUCAAACUCCAAAGAGUCCAUGGCUGUGUUUGAGCAGCACUGCAGAAUGGCCCAGGAGUACCUGAAAGUGGAGACUGAAAUUGCCCUACUCACCCAGAGAAAGAAGGAGUUAAUCUCUGAGCUGGACCAGGAUGAAAGGGAGCAGCAAAAUACGUCUCGUCUGGUUCAGGAGCACAACAAACUGUUGGACGAGAACAAGAGCCUCUCCACCUACUUCCACAUUUGUAAGAACAAGCUGGAGCGGAUUCAGAGUCAGCAACAACAGAAGAGUUAGAAUGCCUCUUGAUGUGUGCUUGUUGCCCCAGAACUGUCCUCAGAUCAUCAGCAGCCAAAUAGACUGUCAAGGGGCCAUUUUGUGAUGUCUUCUCUGUAGACCCUCAACUGUUUUGGGAUUUGCAGCCAAAUAUACCUGCCACAUUUGUGAUGACUGCUUCAUAUUUCUCAUCAACUGUUUUCAGAUUAGCAGCCCAAGAGACUGGCCAUUUAGUGAACUCUUUCCUGUUGCUCUUAAGCUGUUCCUGGAUCAGUGGCCAAAGCGGAAGGCCAUGUCAUUAUGAAUGCUUUGUAGAUCCUCAACUGAUCCACAGUCAGCAGCAGACUGCACAAAGCAUAUCUCCCCUCAGAUUCUUGCUCCCCAAUGCGCUGUACAGCAACAACAUACUCCACCUGUCUCAAUCCAGAGCUGCGUUCAGUACAACAAUGUUGCGAAAUGUUGUGCAAGACCUAUUAAGAACAGCUAAGUUAAUUUACAUGCAUGUUUUCGGAAAGACGUCAUUCUAUUCUGCCAGAGGUACACUGGACUAGUUGAACAAGGAAAGUCUGGAUGCCCUGUAAAGUCAUCUCCUACAGUAGUUAUUGACAUCCAGAGGAAAAUGCAGUUGUCCCUAGAGACUGAUCUUGGGGCAGUUUAGUACCCCCCCCCCCCUCUCACCAUUGUGCCUAAGGGCAACUUCUGCCCAUAGCUCAACAUCCAGGAAUUAUCAGAAAGGCUUUGUAGAAAAUGAUUGAUGUUGUGAAGGGGGUUGACUUGCAGUAACACCUCAGAUGACUUGAGGUGUUUCCUGUCUUGUAGCAGAUGACUGUCACUAUACCCUCCCCAGGACUGUUCUAGAGGUGCUAGUUGUAAAAGAAGUGACUCAGCUUGUUUUCACCGUCUGACUCUGGCCUCUCUGUGACAGCUAACUUGGUAUGGAGAUGACAAAUAGAUGACUAAGUUGUGUUUUUAAAUGUUUAUGCUCAUUCUUAUAUCUGUAUUCCCUUUUUACGUACACAGAGUAAACAAAACAUUUGGAGCACCUUCAUAAUAUUGCAUUGCACACCCUUUUGCCCUCAGAACAGCCUCAGUUUGUC